GGCACCGUGGCACCGGCACGCGGCACCGAGCAAGGAAGAAGCAAAGCGCCACGUCGCCCCUGUCCGUGUCCGGUCACGUGGCGCCGCCUCCUCCCUCCUUCCCAAGCAACGCUCCCCUCCGCUCUCCUCUCUCACCUCUGCUCGGGGGAAGGCGGAGCUGCAUGCGUAGCCGAUGAGAUCACGGCCAUGGCGGGCCCCACCUCGCGCCUCCUCCUCCUCUCCCGCGGCGCCGACCUCGCCCGCCACCGCCACCGCCUCCUCCUCCUCCGCUCCCUCCAGCCCUACGGCGCCAACGCUGAUCCCUCGCCGCGGCCCUUCUCCGCCGCCUCACCUGUCAGGAGCUAUUCAAGUGCGUUCACAAGUGUGCAUGGUGGGAGGCCAUCAUCAGAAUACGCAAAGAUCAGAAAGGAGUCGCUGGAAACCCAGUUCGGAAGAAUCUUGGGUUCAAGUUCCCGUACACUCUUUGCAGACCGUGGCUUUGGUCCAUUCCUUGCGCUGUACAGGGCAGCAACCAUUUCUUUUCAUGUCGUGAAGCUUACUGUCUGGCAUUUACUGCUCAGUGACAUGCAUAAACGAGCUGAGAAGUUCCGAGAGACUUUGAUACGCUUGGGGCCAUUUUACAUCAAGCUUGGACAGGCAUUGAGCACGCGACCUGAUAUAUUGCCCAGCGCAUAUUGUCAAGAGCUCUCGAAGCUUCAGGAUCAAAUACCACCAUUUCCAACUCGUAUAGCAGUCAGGACUAUUGAGUCUGAACUGGGCUCUCGAAUUUCUGAUUUAUUCGCCGAUAUCAGCCCAGAGCCAGUUGCGGCAGCAUCACUGGGGCAAGUAUACAAAGCUCAUCUACACUCUGGAGAGCUUGUCGCAGUCAAAGUUCAGAGGCCUGGAAUGGCGCCCUUGCUGACUUUAGAUGCACUCCUUUUCAAUAUGAUUGGAGGACAGCUAAAACGAUUUGCUAAGGCCCGCAAAGAUUUACUGGUAGCUGUUAAUGAAAUUGUUAGGCACAUGUUUGAUGAGAUCGAUUAUGUUUUAGAAGCAAAAAAUGCUGAAAGAUUUGCGAUCCUUUAUUCUCAUGGUUCAGGUGGUGAAGGCAGGACAAGUAUCAAGGUUCCAAAGGUCUAUUGGAAUUAUACACGUAAAUCUAUAUUAGCACUGGAAUGGAUUGACGGGAUCAAGCUAACUGAUGCUGAGCGCAUCAGCAAAGCCAAUCUAAACAGGAAAAGGAUGAUUGAUGAGGGGCUCUAUUGCUCGCUGAGACAACUUCUGGAAGAUGGGUUUUUCCAUGCAGACCCCCAUCCAGGUAAUCUGGUGGCUACUGCAGACGGAUCUCUGGCAUAUUUUGACUUUGGUAUGAUGGGUGAUAUUCCAAGACACUAUCGAGUAGGACUCAUACAAAUGCUUGUGCACUAUGUUAAUCGUGACUCCUUGGGCUUGGCGAACGACUUCCAUUCCCUGGGAUUCGUCCCCGAGGGAACAGACCUACAUGCAGUUGCAAGCGCGUUGAGGGUUGCCUUUGAUGAUGGAAGGAGGCAAUCAAAUGAUUUCCAGGGGGUAAUGAGCCAUCUGUAUGAUGUCAUGUAUGAUUUCAAUUUUUCCCUGCCUCCUGAUUAUGCACUGGUGAUAAGAGCGCUGGGUUCUUUAGAAGGGACGGCAAAAGCACUGGAUCCUGAUUUCAAAGUUAUUGAGAGUGCAUAUCCAUUUGUCAUUGGGAGGCUCCUUGCAGACCCCAGUCCCGAUAUGAGGAAAAUACUAAGGGAGCUUCUGAUAUGUGAUGAUGGAUCCAUCAGAUGGAAUCGACUGGAGCGCCUGAUUGCAGCUAUAUCUCAACAGGCGUCAGAAUCUUCAAACAAACAGGGAGACGAAAAUACUGCCAGCAGUUCUGAGUGGAGAUCGUUUGAUAUGCAUUCUGUUGUUGCAGCCACAGAAGACCUUUUUCAUUUCAUUUUAUCGAGGAGAGGCUGGAGGGUUCGUGUCUUCCUAAUCCAGGACAUCGUGAAGGCUUCUGAUGCGUUCUUGCAAGAAGCAACAUUUCCGUUUAUAUUUGAUGAAGAGGAAACUACAGGGGAGCAACAUCCAGAGAGAAGUAAAAUGAUCAGAAGGUUGAUAAAUGGUGUUCAAUCUUUUCGUCAAGCAACCAGUUUGGCCCCAAAUGCAUGGAGUUCGAUGCUAAUCCGUUCUGUCCUGAGACCUGAGUCACAAAGAUUCAUUCUUGAUGUAUUCCUAGCCUUGGCGAACCAUUCCUGUUAUAAGGUUCCAGAAACGUGCUGGAUUUGUAUGUCCAGAUACCUGAACUACCUGGACAAGCAAUCGAGAUAGGUAAAACAAAGAAUGCAAAUGUGCAGUCUGAUAGUGAUAGGAAUUUAGUCUCCAGAAGCUAAUUUAGAAUUCGCUAGAAAUGCUGCAACCCGUUUUGCUAUGGAUGUUUAUUGCUCCAUUUCAGUGUUCUCCUCUGGACUACUGUACGUGGCAAAAAUGGUCACGUUGACAAAAAUAUGUUGAGAAAUGUUGCAAGGAACAGUUUAACUUCACGUUCACAAAUAUAUAUAUAAUCAGAUGGAGGUAUGCUCCGAAUGACGGUA